AUGCAUGCUCUCCUUGUAGCCGCCGCCACGGCGGCGAGCGUCGCGUUGCCGGGCUGCGAGAGCAAAUGCGGCCACGUGCACGUCCCGUACCCGUUCGGCACCACGGCCGGCUGCUACCGGCCGGGGUUCAAGGUGAGCUCCCGCCGCAGCGCGGGCGGCAACGAUCGUCAUCGUCACGCCCGCCCUCCAAAGCUUCUCCUGGGGAGCCGAAGCGACGGGCCCCAGGUGCUGGAGAUAUCCGUCCCGAACGGCACGGUGCGCGUCAGCAGCACGGUGUGGUUCUUCGACGUCGGCGACGCGCGCACGGCGCGGCUCGACGUCGUGCCCCACGACGGCGGGCCGUUCGUGCUUUCCGCGGCGCGGAACCGCCUCGUCCACAUCGGGUGCGGCUUCCGCGUCGCGUCGUGGGCGGCGGCCCCGUCGUCCCAGCGAGCGGGCGGCGGAGGGGCGCGCGCGCACAGCGCAUGCAGCUCCUCCUGCUCGGCGGAGCACCUGGAGCGGCAGCGGACCAGCCGCCGGCGGUGCGACGGCCUCGGCCUCGGCUGCUGCGACGCGCCCGUCCCGGCGGGCGGGCUCACGUCGUUCGCCGUGCGGUUCGAGUGGAACGGCACGGGAGGUGGCGGCAGCAGCGGCUCGCCGUGGAUCGCGUCGGAGGCGAGCGUGGCCGCGGUGGAGCAGGAGUGGUGGAGCCGCAAGGACAACCUCUUCACGCUCAAGAUGUCGCUUCUCGCCCUGGGGCGAGCGAGCGAGGUGGUUGUCCCGGUCGUGCUGGACUGGGCGUUCGACAACUCGUCGACGUGCGCGGAAGCGGCGGCGAGGCCGGACUUCGGCUGCGCCAGCAAGCACAGCGAGUGCCUCAACUCCACGGGAAGCGCCUACGGCUAUGUCUGCAGGUGCCGCCAUGGCUACGAGGGCAACCCAUACGUGAAAGAUGGGUGCAGGAGGACAAUCUUUGCUAUGGGUCUUGGAAUUGGUAUUUUCCUUUUGCUCUUGGUUCUUGCCAACGUCUUCGCAACCAAAAGUCUCAAGGAUCAUAAAGCUAAGAAGAUGAAAGAACGUUUUUUCAAGCAAAACCGGGGUUUGUUGCUCCAACAAUUGGUGGAUAAAGACAUUGCUGAAAGGAUGAUUUUCAGCUUGGAGGAGCUUGAGAAGGCCACAAGCAAGUUUGACAAAGCUCGCAUCUUGGGUGGUGGAGGGCAUGGCAUGGUUGAUAGCCCCCUAUCUUUUCCAUGGCAAGAACGCUUGCGAAUAGCAUUUGAAGUUGCUAGUUCCUUGGCCUCUUCACUCCGCGGCUUCAACCUCAAUUGUCCAUAG